AUGAUCUUAGAAAAGAGAAAAGGUGGCUGUAGGAGCCCAUCUCAGGGCCUGGCCAGCUCGGAGCUGCUGCGCAUGCGCACCGGAGCAGCGCUAAUGGCGGAGAGCGUGCGGUCGCCGUUCGAUUACCGGGAGCCCCCGACCCUCGACAGCGACGGGGAUGGCAGCAAGCCGCCGCCACCGCGCGGGCGUGUGUGUGGCAGGAAGAGGAAGGGGACGCCGGUGAAGGUGUGUGACAGAGCGGCGUAUGUGACGGAGGAUGAGGAGGAGAGUCUGUCUGAACACAGUUACAGCCCAGGGGACGAGCAGUACGCAGAGGGAGCUGAAGACCGACUUCCUCCGCCAGGCAGCCCGUACUACCUCACCGACCCAUCACAGCUCUGUGUGCCCGAGCUUGCUGAAGAGGGCGCUAGCGGCGUCCGCGGCCCUGUGCUGUUCCACCCACCGCCCAACUGCAGGAUUAGAGAGGUGCAUUGUGGGAGUCAGGUCCGGCUCGUCGUCAUAGCCAUUCGAGACAUUGCCAAAGGCGAGGAGAUCACAGUGGACUACAGCCUGACCGACUGGGGAGAAAAUGCCAUGGGCUUUCAUACUUCAGUAUCUCCACGUGGGUUUGAAUGUGGAUUCAACCCAGAGAGCAACAUCAAGAAGGAAGAGGAGCCGGGUUCGCUCCCUCUGUCUCUUACCGUUUCUGACUACCUCACUCCGUCAUGGUCGCUGUCUCCCUCCUCCUCACCGCUGUCUCACUCCGAGGCCAGCGACUCUGACCGAGAGGAGGACGAAGAGGAGGAAGACGACGACGAUGAUGACGACGACGAAGAGGACUUGGAGGAUCUGCGGGGCCGCAUGAUGAGACGCCGCAAGAAACGGAAAACCUCGGUGACCGUCAAGAAAAAAGCCCCGCCCAGGACCCAGCCACGCCCCUUGUCCUUCACAUGCCCCGCCCCUUCUUCUCCAUCACCCUUCCAGCAGCCUCUAGCCCCGCCCACAACAAACAUAAACAACAAUAUAAACAUAAACAUCGGUGCGAGCAGCACGCUCUCCCGCCGGCAGCACUGUCCGUACUGCGGCCGGCAUUUCCGCUCGCUCGCACGCCACCUGGAGAAACACCACGACCAGCAGCCCGAGGUCAGAGCCGCCAUGGAGCUGUCGCACCUCCCCGCUCACGCAGCCGGCGCCGCCUCGCACCCGUUCGCUUCUCCCGCUCAGCCCUCGUCCUCCCUAGGAACGUCCCUGUUUUCCCGUGAGCGAGACUCUUUGUCUUCAGGUUCAAAAUCUGGAAGCGUCUCCUUCUCGCUCUCGCUGUCUCCGCCUCCCGUCUCCAAUACCUCAAAGAAGAGCUCGUCGACUUCGCCUAGAAAGGGUGCAGCGCUCGCCGCUAACAAGAGCCCCGCCGUCACGCCCAACCCUCCCGCCAGGAGAGGACGACCGCCGAAGAAAGAGAAGGAGCAGCAGCAGAAGAAGCAGGAGGAGGUGGAGCGAACGAAAGAGGAGCCGCCUCCCACGCCCGGGAAACAGGAGGAAGAGGAGGAGGAGAAUGAAGAGGAGGAGGAAGAGUUUGACAUGAGAGAAGAUCGAAGCGCAGAGGAGAAAAACGGUGAAAUGGCAAGCUCUCAGCGAUCUCACAUGCCUCCUCUGCUGUCAUCGCUCUCCACGCUGGUGCUGUACCUCCGCCGGCAGCAGCACUCGUCGUUCCUGUCGCUGUCCCGCGCUCCGGCGUCGGCCGAGGCCUGGCGUCUCCUCUGCCACUCCAGUCUGGCUCUCCUGAUCCUCUACAACCGGCACCGCGAGUGCGAGGUGGCCAAACUCACCGUUCAGGACUACCGCAGCCGCGCCGCACCCUCCUCUACCUCCUCCUGCUCGCUCGACGCGUCGCUCUCCCCGUUCGAGCGUGCCGUUCUCUGUCACCUGUCGCGUGUGGGUGUCCUGGGCAAACGCGGCCGCGUCCAGCCGCUCAUUCUUCCUCCCCAUUCAGAAGCGUGUCUGGAUCUCCUCCUAAAGACGUCUGCAGACGUGGGUGUCGAUCCCGAGAGCCCGUACGUGUUCUCCCGGCCGUAUCACUCCCCGGCCACGCCGCUGCGCGGGACCGACCUGCUCCGGAGCCUGGCGCGCACUAGUGGCGCCAAAAACCCCGCGGCGCUCACCGCUCCCCGCGCUCGACGACAGGUGGCCAUUCUGACCCAGCUGCUGCUGCUGGAGGAGGGCGAACGGGCGCCGGGUACAGCCGUGAAACGAUUGGAGGAUUUCCUGCAAAGGGAGUAUCACGUGACUCAGAACUGCGCUCGGAUUGGUCAGGACCCGGCGCUGAUGAACCGCGUGGGGAGAGUCGUGCUGUACGGAGAGAGAGAAGGAGUGCUGUUCAGAGGAAUGAGCCUGCAGCACAUCUGCCUCGAGCUGGACGUGAUGUCGGGGAACUCUGCCGACUCUUUCUCAGAUGACUCUGACGGAGAGGCCAGUAAGAGUAAAGACAGAGCUGACGCUGGAAAGAAGGAAGGGUCCGGUAAUCGAGCGCCGCGGUCGAAGAAGAGCAGCAGCCCUCAUCUGUCACCGCCCACGAGCUCACCUGCAGCGGGACUCAAGAGACGCAGCGCUCAGGUCAAAUCAGGGAAGCGUGGCGUCCUGAAGCGUCCGUGGUCGGAGGCGGAGCGUGUGGCGGUGGAGACGCACCUGAAGCGUAACAUCAUGGAGCUGCGUGUUCCUGCUAAAGCGGACUGUGAGCGAUGCCUGCAGCUCUGCCCUCUGCUGGUCAGCAACCAGCGCGACUGGAGAGCCAUCAAGUUCUACUGCCACAACCGCAUACAGUUACUCAAGAAACAGGGACGCCGGGACGGGAACACAGCCGCCACCGCUGUCUGCUAACCACAGUAACACACACACACACACACACACACAUGUACAGAUGACACAGCGGUGUUGUAUUUUGUUGAACUGUUCUCCUAAGCUAGCGCACAGUGCAAUCGCACACGCACUUCCCACAUUCCCCUGUGUGUGUGUUUCUCAGACCAUUUCUCUGACAAACUAACAAACUUUUUCACACAGCGGUGUUCAGACUCCUCAGAAACGCAGCAGCGAUGAGCACAGCAGGUAUGGUGACGUUACGGUGUAGCUCUUUCUCUAUAUGGACUGUUUGGCUGUGAUGGAUCUGGACUGGUUUUGGACUGGUUUUUCUCUCCACCCGCUGGAGGUGGUGUAAACAGUGUUGGAUUAUGUGGGACCAGCUCGAGGUCAGUCUUACCUCACGCGUCUGGAGUCUGAUUGUGUCCGACAGACGUCAGUCUGCACCUCUGGAGAUCCGCUUUACUAUCAGGAUCAAUCUCACAAACACAUCCAGAUCAAAAUCAACAGGAAAAAAAUAGGAAAUUAUAUUUUGCAUAAAGAAAAUGAUGCCUGUUUUUAUUAUCUUUUUUGUUUGUUUGUUUGUUUUUUUAUUCUACAUUUUAACUUAUUUAUUUUUGCAACAAUUAAUAUUGACAGGCUUUUCUAUGGAAGCUUGUUUCCACCUCAUAAAAACAAAAAAGGUAAGUCUAACUUUGAAUCUCACAAUUACAAAUUUUUUUUUUUUUUUAGGUAACCAUUGAUUUACCCUAAACUGUCAAAUUCUUUGACCCCACAGAAUGAGGUAGAAAACAAACCAUAAUUCCUGGACAUUUUACUUUUAAUUUGUUUUCUAAUUAUCAAUAGUGAGUCUCAUUACUGUAAUACAUUGAUCAGCAGAGGAAAUACUACCAUAAUGUAUAAAACUUUUUCCAAUGAAAUUGAUCAUCAUUUUGUCAUCAUUUGAUCAGAAUAAGAUUUUUUGCAUUAGACAUUAAUAAUAUUUCCAGCUAAAAUGUUCUAAAAUGUCUGAAAAUAGCAACAAAAUGCAGAAAAUCUCAGUGGUCUGAGAAACUGGCUUAAUUUUCUUCAUGCAAAGUGUAUUUUUUACUUUUUUUGCAUGCAUCGUAGUUUCAGGGUGAGCUCUGAUCUGGAUCUGUUUGUGAGAUUGAUCCGUCUGUAUUCUGAAGUGUUGGUUGCCUUAACUUUUGUUGUGUUGUUGGUUUUCUAUUGAUCUCGUCUGGCUGCAGCUGAUAUUAAACCCAAUCACAUUCAUUCGUUUCUAUGCAUCAUCAGUUCAUUUCAAGAGGAACGUGGUGUUUUCGGGAUCAUUGAGUUUGGAGAUCAGUCACGUUUCAUUCCGUUGGAGUUUGUUUUGCUCAUCUGUGCCAAUCCGAACACGAGCGCGUGUUGUUAUUUCGUGAAGACUGUUGAAGGACGCUGAAUCUCCUCCCUCUCUCUCCUGUACAGUGGUCUGAUCUCUGAUCUGUGUACAGUGACGUGUCGUAACAUGAUAUUAGCCGGUAGAGUGUUUCCACUGCGUGAUGAUGUACAUUCUGUAAAUAUGACUUAUAUGAAAGUACUACGUUUUAAAGUUGUUUUCUUAAUGCUGUUGUAAAGGUAUAUCAGAUUUUAGAGAGAUGAUAUCUUGACAAAUACAGAGCUUAAUGUCACUGCAAAGAAAAACAUUUGAAUUUCAGAUUGUCAUGUCUUUUUAUUAAAUUACAAACACAUGGAAACAUCA